GGACCCCAGAGACCGAAACGCCUAAAUGCGCUGCUUUCCAAAUUUCGUAAUCCCCGGAUUUCGGAGGAGACUUCGCUGCUCAGCCCGCAUCGCCACCAAAGCAAAUUCAUUCAUGGACGAUUUGCGGACCCUCAGGACCCGUCUCUGCAUCAUCGGAAGCGGCCCCGCCGCCCACACGGCCGCCAUUUACGCCGCCCGGGCCGAGCUCAAGCCCAUCCUCUUCGAGGGCUGGAUGGCCAACGGCAUCGCCCCCGGCGGCCAGCUCACCACCACCACUGACGUCGAGAACUUCCCCGGCUUCCACGAUGGGAUCCUCGGCAUGGACCUCAUGGACCGGUGCCGAGCCCAGUCCCUCCGGUUCGGCACCGAGAUCUUCACCGAAACUGUCACCAAAGUCGAUUUCUCCACCAAUCCUUUCAAGCUCUUCACUGACUCCAGGACGGUUCUCGCCGAUUCCGUGAUCGUCGCCACCGGCGCCGUUGCCAAGCGCUUGAACUUCCCCGGCUCGGACGAGGGCCCGGGAGGGUUCUGGAACCGGGGGAUUUCGGCGUGCGCCGUCUGUGACGGCGCCGCCCCGAUCUUUCGGGACAAACCGAUAGCCGUAGUUGGCGGCGGAGACUCCGCCAUGGAGGAGUCUAACUUUCUGACAAAGUACGGAUCGAAGGUUUACAUCAUCCACAGGAGGGGCGAGUUUAGGGCUUCGAAGAUAAUGCAGAACAGGGCUUUGAAUAACCCUAAAAUUGAGGUGCUGUGGAAUUCGGUGGUGGUAGAGGCGUACGGAGAGAAGGGGAAGGGGGUUUUAGGAGGAUUGAAGGUGAAGAACGUGGCCACGGGGAAGGUUUCUGAUUUGAAGGUUUCUGGUUUGUUCUUCGCAAUUGGGCAUGAGCCUGCUUCCAGCUUCUUGGAUGGGCAGCUGCAGCUUGAUUCAGAUGGCUAUGUCGUGACAAAGCCCGGCACAACGCAGACCAGUGUGCAGGGUGUCUUUGCGGCAGGAGAUGUUCAGGAUAAGAAGUUCAGGCAAGCAGUUACUGCUGCUGGAACCGGUUGCAUGGCAGCCUUGGAAGCUGACCAUUACUUGCAGGAAAUUGGAAGUCAAGUGGGGAAGAGUGAUCUGUAAGCCACCAAUGUGCAAGAAAUGGGCUGGCUCCAUUAAUGUCAAAUUUAUAUUGUAAAAACAAUCUUACUCAAAGGUGCUACGGUUGGUAUUUAAUCAUUCAUCCAGUCCUAAUUGAGUUGCUGGAAUAGAGCUCCAAAUAUCCUCAUUUGCAUAAUCGCCUUUCUCCAGACUCUAUUCUUUACUGCAGAAUUAGAAGUACCCAUUGAUGAUCUUAUCAAUGACCAGAUUGGUUUGCUUCAAAAUUACGAGCAUUCUCAUAUUUGUUUGAUUGAAACCACUCUAUUUAUUUUGGCCAAUCAAAUGAAGAAAAUAUACAGAGCUUGUUUCAUUGUUAAUAAAUAGAGUUGUGCAAACCAGUGAGGGAGAGAGCAGCGAAUUCUGUGAACCUUAUUUCAUUCAAAUGAUACAGCUGCAGCAGCUCUGUGAAUAUCCUUACCUGCCAACUUUAGAGGGGUUUAAUAGUAAUAGGCUUCAGCUAGCAGCAGCCCUGUCGAUAGAAACAAAACAGAACAGACACAAUAGCUGACAAGAGCUCCUCAAUUAUAUUUUACUUUUUUAUUUCAAAUUAAAAUACUUAAUAUGAUAAAGCUUAUUAUAGUGUAAGUUA